AUGACAUUGUUACUCAACUUCCACGCGCUCUUUACAGUCAUUCUUGUUGCCAAUCUUUCAACCAGAUGCAGCGCACUGCUCUCUGGACGUGACUUUUGCUCCACGCCAGCGCCCGGUGAGUCACUCCGAGCGGAGCAUAGGAGGCUGUAUGAUGUACAGGCCCAACGUGACAGCACCGCCGAGGAGAGCCGGGAGGUGGUGCCUUGGAUUGAAAUCGAGACAUGGUUUCAUAUUGUAAGCAGCAAUGAAGCAGCAAACACAGUAUCAGACGACAUGAUCACCAGCCAGCUUUCCUAUCUUCAGAAGGCAUAUGAAAGUGCGACUAUCACCUAUCGGUUGGAGGGCAUAACUCGUCACAUAAAUGACUCGUGGGCGCGAAAUGAUGAUGAACUGGGGAUGAAGAAUGCCCUACGAAGGGGCAAUUAUGGCACAUUAAAUGUCUAUUUCCAAACAGAUCUCCAGGCGUCAUCCGACGAGAAUUCUCGGGACUAUCCAAAUGACGGUAACCGACGAACAGAUGUGUCAGAUCAAUCAUCAUCAACUGUCCUAGGCUUCUGUACGUUGCCUGACCCGAGUGUGAAUUCCAGCAGCCCUCGUUCCAGCUACAUCAAGGAUGGUUGUAACGUGUUAGCGGAUAUCAUGCCGGGUGGUAGUUUAGCGCAGUACAACAAAGGCGGCACAGCGGUUCAUGAGGUUGGCCAUUGGAAUGGGCUGCUGCAUACGUUCGAAGGUGAAUCGUGCUCCCCUGAUAAUGAAGGAGAUUACAUUGAUGACACCCCGGAGCAAUCUGAGCCUACGAGCGGAUGUCCCGCCGAGAAAGAUUCAUGCCCCGAUCUUCCUGGCCUUGAUGCUAUUCAUAAUUUUAUGGACUAUUCAUCUGAUGACUGUUAUGAGAGUUUUACUCCAGAUCAAGCGGAGAGAAUGAGGAGUAUGUGGUCCGCUAUGCGGGAAGGGAAGUGA